AGAAGAAGAAGAAGAAAGGAACAAGUGCAGCAAGCAAGCAAGCAAGAACGCAGCCAUGGCGGUUUGGCAGGCAAGAUUCAGGGCCUCAAUUAUUUCCUACAGGGGAGAUUCAGCGCCUAUUAUGAUACUUCCGUUCCUGGUGAUUCUGGCACUCCAGUUGGUAUGCACCCAGUCGCAGCUGCAACGCGACAAAGCGCAUUUUCGGCUUGCCGCGGCUACACCACCAGACCGAGCCGUCGCCGGCGAGGUGAUGCCACAAGAUGAACCAGUGGUUCUCUCAAACACCCGGAGCAGACACGCGGAGGAUGAAGGAAGCUGCUCACCCUCAAAAAACGCGCAGGGCAGUUGUUACAUGGCAAAGGCUGCAGUUCGUGCUCAGGACGCCAAUCUCCCCAGCACCAUUCAGCCGCCGCCACUGGUCGCUGCCGGCGCAUCUGCAACCGGGACGCUGAGCGUGGUCCACUCGGGAGAGCUGAUGAGCCACUUCCUAGAAGUGGAUAAGGAGGACAAAGAUUGCACGAGUUCCAAAAAGACAUUGGGAGACUGCUUCGGAGGUGCCGCCCGAAUCAGUUACCAGAUCCUAGUGAACAAGCCAGGGAUAUCGCUUUUCACCGGCAACAUUUACAGCGGCCACGUCUGGUUCCGAAUAGCGGGGAUAGAGAUGGUUAUCGACAUGCUCAACGCGAUGGCCUUCGACGUAUUAACUUUGGGAAGGUCGGAAUUCCAGCUCGGUUCUCGCGGCCUAGCAAUGAUGUUCGGCCUCCUCGAUACGAAGACGAAAAUAGUUCUCUGCAAUGUUGACUUCAGCCGGGAGCCCAAGUUGUCGAAUCUACCAAACAAGCCGACCCGCUCAGUCAUACUAACCGUGGGCAACCUCAAAGUUGGCAUCACAGGCUACGUAUCCAGCGGACUGAGCACUGCGUCCAGCGGACUGAGCACAAUCAUUGUGAACGAUCCAGCGGAUAGCCUCCGGAAUGAGUCCUAUAAGCUACGAGCGGAGGGCUGCCACAUCGUUCUCGCGAUCGGUGGUGGUGACACCACCGAGGACCGCAAUCUGGCUGACAUCCUGCCCGACAUCACGGCGUUCGUGGUGAAAUACCAUGCCCACUUCGCAUAUCCUUCUUCGGGGGCAAAAAAACACAUGCUGGACUUCGACCAGGACCUGGAUUACCCGAUAAACUUCACGCGGUCGGUGGACGGCAAACUGGCGUACAUAUUCGCCUCUACAAAUCACUACCAGCUGCUUAGCAAGUUCCAGAUCACUGUGGAUACUGACCACUUGCGCGUGGUCCGUGCCAAUGGCGAUCCCGUCAUUCUCGACAUGAACACCACAGAAGACCAAAAGACAAGAGAACUAAUGAACCACUACUCGGGCAUUCUUGGGCCGAAAGCCAUGGAGGUCAUCGGGACCACGAAGGUAUAUAUUGACAAUAGCAAGGAAACCUGCGAGACGCGCGAGUGCAACGGUGGGAACCUGCUCGCCGACGCCGUGUUUGACUACUUUUCUGAGGUGGCCGUCGCUGGCGCUUGGAGCCAAAUAAAUGCCGUGGUCGUUAACGCGGGCGCCUUGAGCAGCAGCUUCGAUGAGCGAACAAAAAGUGGAGAGGUGCGGCUAAAUGACGUGUUUCAGAUGUUCCCGUACAACAACAACUACGUCUUCGUCACGAUGCGGGGGACCACACUUCAGAAUAUGAUGGAGCACUCUGGCAAAUAUAGCUCGUCCAACUCGAAGUUUCUGCAAGUCUCUGGCAUGCGUGUGCGGUACAAGACCAAGGCUGGUGUCAACGAGAGCAUCGUGUCCAAACUGCUCAUCCUGUGCACGUCUUGCCGCACGCCCACAUACGAGCGCGUCAUUUCGAUACAGUGGUACACGGUGGCCAUGAAUGAGUUCCUCGCUGACGGUGGCGACGGCUACGACUUCACGCGAGUGCCACGGGGCUACAAAGUUCCAACCAACGUAACCGACGACAUCAUAAUGCGCCACUACCUGGAGAGGCGCUCACCCAUCAUGCCCAUGCUGGAUGGCCGUAUCUCCUUCCGGAGUCGUACGCAAGCGCUCAGCGCCCCCUACUGGGCGUGGACAUUACUGCCGAGCCUGUGGGCUGUCGCGGCAGUGGCUCUAGUGUCCUCCGCCUGAACGCGCUUCUGCAGCGCCCGAAGCUGUACCGCGACGCGGCUGAGCGCAUCGUUCGUUGCUGCAUCGGAGCGCCUGCAAGCGCAUUCAUUUUCCUGUGCCGUGUCCUGCGUACAUUUCCACGAGGACGCCCUGACUUUGUGUAAUUCAAAUCUUCGUGUCUGCCCGUCGUCUUUAUACACGUGCUGUGCGUCUUUUUUUUAUUAUUUUCAAGCUGCCAUGCUUUUCUUUGUUAAAAUCGAGCUAUUAUGCGUA